GAAUGGGGAAAAUAUAAAAAAGAAAAGGGUAAUGCUGAUGCAGAUGAAGGAAGCACGGCAAGAAAAAAAAGCCACUUUAUUUUUCUUUCUUUGAUCUAAUCUAAUCUAAACCCUCCCUUUGCUGUGGAAUUAGGCACCACCACUUUUCCUCAUUGCAGCACCACCCAACACAACACACAAACACCAAUAACUCUUGUUUCCAUUCCUAAAGAUUGCAACUUUACAAUGGGACACACAUGGGGUUAUGCUAUUUCCUCCUUUUUUUCCUUCACAUCCCACCAUUGUUUUUUGCAUCCACUCACACUCUUGUGUAUGAUUUUUCUUCUGUGUUCAACCACUUGUCACUCAAUUGAUAUUCACCCACAAGACAAAGUUUCACUUUUGUGCUUCAAGUCAUGGAUUCAAGACCCUGACCAGGUUUUGUCCAGUUGGGGUAGCUCCAACAAUAACUGCACUAAUUGGAAUGGAAUCACCUGUGACAACACUGGCCAUGUUCUUUUGGUUAACCUCACAAGUAUGAACUUGUCAGGCCAAAUCCACCCGAGUUUUUGUAACCUUUCAUACCUUGAAAAGGUGGAUUUUUCACACAAUAACUUCACAUGCCCUCUACCUGUAUGUUUUGGGAACUUGCUUGGUCUUCGAACCGUUGAUCUCAGUCACAACCGGUUCCAUGGUGGGGUGCCAGAUUCCUUCGUGAGGCUUAAGCAACUUACUGAGCUUGUUCUGAGUGGGAACCCUGAUUUGGGAGGGCCAAUUCCUGGUUGGAUUGGUAAUUUCUCUGCUUAUUUGGAGAGAUUGCAGCUUGGUUUCUGCUCAUUCAAUGGGAUGAUACCUGAUAGCUUGGUUUACUUGAAGUCCCUUAAUUAUUUGGACCUUGAGAAUAAUUUGCUCUCUGGAAAUCUGGUUGAUUUUCACCAGCCACUGGUUUUGCUUAAUCUGGCUUCGAAUCGGUUUUCGGGUACUUUGCCUUGCUUUUCGGCUGCGAUUAAGUCUCUAACUGUAUUGAAUCUGUCAAACAAUUCAAUUGUGGGAGGAAUACCUGCCUGUAUUGCAUCACUUGAAGUUUUGAGUCAUCUGAACCUAUCAGGGAACCACUUAAAGUAUAGAAUAUCUCCAAGACUAGUGUUCUCGGAGAAGCUCCUGGUUUUGGACUUGAGUAAUAAUGGUCUGAGUGGUCCUAUUCCAGGUAAAAUUGCGGAGACGACAGAAAAACAGGGCCUGGUUCUUCUUGACCUUUCACACAAUCAAUUCUCUGGUGAAAUUCCUUUGAAAAUUACAGAAUUGAAAAGCUUGCAGGCUUUGUUCUUAUCUCACAACCUUCUGUCCGGAGAAAUUCCUGCUAGGAUUGGAAAUUUGACUUACCUUGAAGUCAUUGAUCUCUCACACAACUCACUAUCUGGCACUAUUCCGCUUAAUAUUGUUGGGUGCUUCCAGCUGCUUGCCCUCAUACUUAAUAAUAACAAUCUUUCUGGCGUGAUUCAACCGGAGUUUGAUGCACUGGAUAGCUUGAAGAUACUGGACAUAAGCAAUAACAGGUUCUCAGGGGACAUUCCACUCACUUUGGCUGGAUGUAAAUCUUUGGAGAUUGUUGAUUUUAGUUCUAAUGAUCUUUCUGGAUCCUUGAAUGAUGCAAUAACCAAAUGGACAAACCUCAGGUAUCUGUCUCUAGCUCAGAACAAAUUCAGUGGAACUUUGCCUAGUUGGUUGUUCACAUUUCAAGCAAUAGAAAUGAUGGAUUUCUCACACAACAAGUUCUCUGGCUUCAUACCUGAUGUUAAUGUUAAGGGUAGUUCAUUGUUUAACAGCAGAGACUUAACUGUUAAAGAGCCAACGGGUGCAACAAGAAAUGUUCAGCUGAGAGUAUCCGUUAUUGUUUCCGAUAACAAUCAAUCCAGUUUCACUUAUAAUCUUUCCUCAAUGGUUGGAAUCGAUCUAUCAAACAACUUGCUACAUGGGGAGAUUCCAAGGGGCUUAUUUGGCCUAGCUGGCCUACAAUAUCUAAAUUUAUCAUCCAACUUUCUUGAUGGGCAGCUUCCGGGUUUGCAGAAAAUGCAGAGCUUGAAAGCAUUAGAUCUGUCUCAUAAUUCGUUGUCGGGGCAUAUCCCAGGAAACAUUUCUAGCCUUCAAGGUCUGGACACCUUGAAUCUGUCUUACAACUGUUUCUCAGGAUCUGUUCCCCAGAAGCAAGGGUAUGGGAGAUUUCCCGGAGCAUUUGCUGGAAAUCCAGACUUAUGCUUGGAAUCUUCUGGUGGCGGAUGUGAGGAUGGAAGGGUUUCAUCAGAGCAAGGCAGUUUUUUUGGGGAAGAUAGAAUGGAUGGACCGAUUUCUGUUGGAAUUUUCUUUAUUAGCGCCUUUAUUAGUUUCGAUGUUGGUGUUGUCGUUUUGUUUUGUUCUACUAGAGCAAGAAACUACAUUCUCCGGACAAAAGUUUGAUUUAGUGCUUGUGAGAGUGAUAAACGUUAACCUGUAAAUUCCAUUUUUGUAAUGUGGUAACUGUCUUGUUACAAGAGAUGAAACACAUCCUGUGAUAUCUGCUAAUCAUUUACUGAACUACUGUCCAGAAAUGACAGGACUUUGGUCAUGAUGUGAAUCACAAAAGGUAUAAACAACUCUUAUGCCUUUGCCUCA